GGAUAAGAACAAGGAGUCGAAAAGAGGCUGUCGAAGGAAGAGGGCGCAACGACAAGUAAGAAAGUGAGGAGGCCCGACGGUGUGACCAUCCGCGAAGGACAAGCUAUGGGUGGAGGAGAUAGGGCUCAUCCAGGCACUGCUGCCGCGAGAGAACCUUGGGAGAAAUGCAAAAGGAAACUGGCAGUUGAAGAAGGCGAUGGCCAGAAGAAACCUCGGAGGAGGAAGACUGCUGAGGCGGAGAGCGGUGGCGAACGGGCUGUCGGUACGCAGUACGAUGAAGCGGCAGCGUUCUGGCUCGAAUAUGAGCGGAACGAUGACGGUGAGAUCGUGGAGAAGGAGCUCCCCGUUCAACUGCUCAUCGAUCCCGGGAAGGUCUGCGAUAUCCCGCCGUGGGAAAGAUAUUACAACCACCGCAGUCUCAGUCGCGAUGGUGUGAAGGACAUCAAGGAUGCGAUGGUAAGGCAGUUCCACGAGGAAAAGGGGAAGAUCUGGACGAAAAACCCUUUGGUUCUAGCACCCAUCUACAAGCCGGUGACGCAUAGGCCGGAGAAAGCUGAGAGGGUUCACAAAGAUGUCUUCAAGCGAGAGGACAAGGAUAAGUACUUUUAUUACCCUAUCAACGGACAACACACCGUGGCUGCUAUGAAGGAGUUGUACGGUGAGCCAAUAUUCGAAUUGUGAAGAUGCACUCAUGGCCGGCGAGAGUUGUCUGGUUCUCCGACGAAGACUUCGGGGGGUAUUUGCAAGUCAGUCUCACGG